GAAUGUUUGUUCAAAUUGAAGAAAAAGAUCGUUAAUUCAUUUAUUUUUUUUUUUUCGGUUGAAAUCGUAAAGUGUAUAGUUGGAGAGAUAUACCAGUUUAUGCGGUAUAUUAAAAUUAUUUACAUAUAUUUGUUGUUGUGGGUUCAUAAAAUUGCCGCCCGAUCGCUGGCGCUGCUACCAUCGAUCAUGACUUGUGGUGUCGUUGUCGCGACUUAAAACAACGACGUCGGUGAUGAUGAUGAGUCAAGCUUGAGUGAUCUUCAGUGUUUUACUAACUUUACUACUUGACAGUAAUAAUAUUUUGUUUUGGUCAAUCGGAUCGCGCAAAAAAUUAGGUGCAAGAGAAAUACCUACAAUUUCAAGGCUUUUUCACUCAAAGCUUAUAAUUCGCAGAUUUAAAAACUAUGUCAUAACUAGGCUUAAUUUAGUAUUUGAGUGUUUUUUUUUUUUUUGUCAAUUGAGUGGAAUAUUUUUAUUAUUUUUGUAUCUAUCGAUCUUUCCAAUGUCAUUUGUGUAUCUUAACGUACUUAAGAGGUCUUGAAAAUAACCAAACAACAACAAAAACCAAAAAAAUAAACAUGAAAACGGCAAUAAUAUUCAUGUUUGGUAUGAUUUUGGGCUUUUGCCUGUCACAAUUAUUGCACAUGACAUCGUGGACACCAAAUUAUUGUGACGAUGAUUCAUUGGAUCUCAAAGCGUUACGCCGAAGGAAUUUACGUGCACGGUUUGAAGAGGAUGAAGAAGAUUUAACUGAAAUCGUGUCCAAUAACCUGGCUGGAAUUCCAUCUCAUAAGACCAUAACUCUCAAUAACAACAACAACAACUUUGAUAAUUCUACAACCAAAAAUAUCUCACUUGCAACAAGAUUGUACAAUGAGACACGAGUUUUAUGUUGGAUAUUAACAGGACCGGCUAACCAUAUGAAAAAGGCAAUACACAUCAAAAAGACCUGGGGAUCAAGAUGUAAUAAGUUGUUGUUCAUGAGUUCGGUUGAAGACGAAGAACUGGGAACGAUCAAGUUACCUGUUGCCGGGGAGGGUAGAAAAAAUUUGUGGUUCAAGACGCGAGAGGCAUUCAAGUACAUUUGGGAACAUCAUCGGAAUGAUGCCGAUUGGUUUCUCAAGGCCGAUGAUGAUACUUAUGUGAUAGCUGAAAAUCUUCGAGCCUUCCUCUAUCCCUAUUCAACAGAUUCUCCUGUUUACUUUGGAUGUAAAUUUAAACCUCAUGUUAGACAGGGUUACAUGUCUGGUGGUGCUGGUUAUGUUCUUAGUCGUGAAGCUUUGCGUCGAUUUGCCGAAAUAGCAUAUCAUAAUAAAACAAUCUGCCGUCAAAAUACUGGCCGCUCAGAGGACAUGGAAAUGGGAUAUUGUCUACAAAAUGUUGGCGUUGUAGCUGGUGAUUCUCGAGAUGUUGAUAAACGUGGAAGAUUUUUUUCAUCUGGACCACAACAACAUAUAAUUGCUAGAGAUAAAAGUCAUUGGUAUUGGAGAUAUAUAUUUUAUCUAACAGAAGAUGGUAUAAAUUGCUGUUCAGAUCAUGCGAUAUCAUUUCAUUAUAUCCAUCCAGAUACAUUUUAUAUGUUGGACUAUCUAAUUUAUGGAUUAAGACCAUUUGGAGUGGCUUACAAUCCAGACACAUUGGUAGCUAAAUACAAUGAUAGUGAGAUGAAUAUGUUUCUUGAUAAAUGGCGAAAUGAAACUUCAGAAAAUACUUUAUAGUAAAAAUUAACA